UCUUGCGCUCUUAAAAAUAAGCAUUUGACUCAUCAUCAAGCUUCAGCAAGAGAAGAGAAAAUGAGUAGUUGCACCCAACACAUGGUGAUCGAUAUCCUAAGAAAAAACUCAAACAAAACAGUUUCAGUUUCAAAACGACAUGCAAAACAACUCCACGCACAUGUCGUAAAAAUCAAAGGUAUCUCCCAUGAAGACAACAUCCUCGUACUCUCACUCUAUUCCAACCUCAACCUCUUACACUAUUCCACCAACCUCUUCAAUUCUCUUCCUUCUCCUCCUCCACCUCUCGCAUGGUCUUCCCUUAUCAAAUGCUACACUUCUCACUCUCUUCUCCACCUUUCCUUCUCUUCCUUCAACUCCAUGCGCUCUCUCUCUGUUCCACCCAAUCGCCAUGUUUUCCCUUCUCUCAUCAAAGCUUCCACUCUUUUGAAACACGCUAAACUCGCUUAUUCUCUUCACGCCUCCACCGUUCGUCUUGGUCUCGAUUCUGAUCUCUAUAUAGCCAAUGCACUCAUUAACAUGUACGCUAAAUUUCGUAGUUUUUCUGUUAAUGCAAAUGCAGGCAACGUGUUUGAUGAUUUAUCUCUGAGAGGGAAAUCUGAGAUUCAUAGUGUUAGGAAGGUUUUUGAUAUGAUGCGUGUUAGGGAUGUUGUUUCGUGGAAUACUGUUAUUGCAGGGUAUGCUCAAAAUGGGAUGUUUUUUGAAUCAUUGGAUAUGGUUAGAGAGAUGGGGAAGAAUGGUAACUUGAAGCCGGACUCAUUUACACUUUCGAGUAUUCUUCCUAUUUUCGCUGAGCAUGUUGAUGUUUGUAGAGGCAAAGAGAUUCAUGGAUAUGCUGUAAGAAAUGGGUUUGAUGGGGAUGUUUUCAUUGGAAGUAGCUUGAUUGAUAUGUAUGCAAAGUGUAAUCGACUGGAAAAUUCGCUUUGUGCUUUUUACCUCUUGCCACGAAAAGAUGCUAUAUCUUGGAACUCUAUUAUUGCUGGUUGUGUGCAGAAUGGUGAAUUUGAUCGAGGUCUUGGAUUCUUUCGUCGGAUGUUGAAGGAAAAUGUGAGACCUAUGCCUAUUUCUUUCUCGAGUGUUAUACCUGCUUGUGCUCAUUUGACAGCUUUGAAUUUGGGGAAGCAGCUUCAUGGAUGUAUAGUUAGAAUUGGUUUUGAUGAUAAUGAGUUUAUUGCUAGCUCUCUUGUCGACAUGUAUGCAAAAUGUGGUAAUAUUAAGAUGGCUAGAUCUGUUUUUGAUAGAAUGGAAAAACGUGAUAUGGUGGCGUGGACUGCCAUCAUUAUGGGAUGUGCAAUGCACGGGCAUGCCCUCGACGCGGUUUCCUUGUUUGAAAACAUGUUGGAGGAUGGAGUGAGACCUUGCUAUGUGGCGUUCAUGGCUGUUUUAACUGCAUGUAGUCAUGCCGGAUUGGUAGAUGAAUCUUGGAGGUAUUUUAACAGUAUGGAGAGAGAUUUUGGUAUUGUUCCUGGUUUGGAGCACUAUGCUGCCGUUGCUGACCUGCUUGGUAGAGCUGGAAGAUUAGAAGAAGCUUAUGAUUUCAUUUCUAACAUGGGAGUACAACCCACUGGGAGUGUAUGGUCAACACUGUUGGCUGCAUGCAGAGCUCAUAAGAAUGUUGAAUUAGCCGAAAAGGUUGUUGACAGGUUGCUUUUGAUUGACCCUGAAAACAUGGGAGCUUAUGUUUUAAUGUCAAAUAUCUAUUCAGCUUCACGAAGAUGGAAAGAUGCUGCAAGAUUGAGAAUACAAAUGAGAAAAAAGGGCUUGAAGAAGACCCCUGCAUGCAGCUGGAUUGAGGUUGGAAAAGAAGUGCAUACUUUUAUGGCUGGAGAUAAAUCACAUCCUUGUUAUGACAAAAUAAACAAGGCAUUGAUUGUUUUGUUGGAACAGAUGGAGAAAGAAGGUUAUGUCCUUGACACAAAUGAGGUGCUCCAUGAUGUUGAUGAAGAACAUAAACGCGAGUUGUUACAUAACCACAGUGAAAGACUUGCCAUAGCAUUUGGCAUCAUUAGCACUACUGCUGGUACAACAAUCCGAGUAAUAAAGAACAUUCGGGUGUGCACGGACUGCCACACUGCAAUUAAAUUUAUAGCAAAGAUUGUUGGAAGGGAAAUCGUCGUGAGGGAUAACAGUCGAUUUCACCAUUUCAAGAACGGGUCUUGUUCAUGUGGUGAUUAUUGGUGAAGUAACAGUUAUGAUUGGAAAUCCUGUGUUUUUAAACCUAGCCACUGGGUUGUUAGUGACAACUGAGAGGUGGACUAUGAAAGCAAAGAAACUGAAGUCAUUCAGGGCUAAAUGAGUUAGGAUACUGGUUGUGCUGCAGCAAGAUUGUGGUCUCAUAUUGGUGAAGAAAGAGGGUUUGGUUCCUGAUUAUACAUUGUCUGAUUUCAUGUCAAGCAUCUGAAUUGAGUUCUGAUUGCCUACCUUCCGAACAACACCAUGAGGAAGAACACAAAUCCUUUCUGCCAGAGACAAGAAAGUAACUUGAAAUACCUUCUCAUGAUUCUUUGGAUCUAUGAUCUUCCUCAUUUUUUAGGGGAAAAAAGGCAGCACCCUACCCUAACACAGUGGUUAACUUUUUGAUGUCCUAUGGGUAAGAUGUUUUUCAACUCUAUGCUGGUGAACAGAAAGGCAGUUUCUGCAAAAUCAAAUUGCUUGGAGAGGGGAUUUUAAGACAUAAGAUCCACAUGUAUUUUGGAUCUUUAAAUCUUUAAAUAAUUUUAAGAUUUCAUCCUUUCAGCUUUCAUUGGUUUCUGAUCUGUAUGACCAACCUCUGCCAUAUAUGAUAUAUACAGUAUGUUUUAUAUUGACUAAACACUGCUAUAUAUACAUAAUGUAACUCAU